AUGUUGCUUGGGCACAUCUGGUUGGCUGCCUUGUUCCUAGCUACAGCUAAGAUUGCGCAAGUCUCGCUCGAUCCGUUCCUGAUCUGGUUCGCUUUUCUGUUGAUCUUUCGGCAUUACAAGACCGUCAUCAACCUCGUAUUCUACUUCAGGUACAAGCCGGCUGUACCGCCCACCAAAUUCAACCUUAAGACUACCGAUGUUGCUGUCAUCGUGCCAACACUCGGUCCAGAAGGUAAUCCCACGUUCGCUGAGAUGUUCUGUGGAAUCCUGUACAACCAACCCAAAUAUCUCAUCUUCUCCACUGCAACCGAAGAUGGGGGGAAGAGGAUCGAAGGGCUGCUCUCUGGGUUCCAGGACCAGCUCGAAAAUGGUACCUCCGCGUACCAGGUAGAGCGCAGACUUCCGCCACUUACUAAAUGCGUCACAGAAGUUAAAAUCGUCUCCGUCAAGGUUGCGAGCAAGAGGGAGCAGUUCGUACGAGCAUUAGAAGAGGUAAGCACCUCCAUCAUAGCUUCGGCUGACGACACAGCCGUGUGGCAACCCAAUUUCCUGUCGGCCACUCUUCCAGCGUUCGCCUCAGAAGAGGUAGCUCUCGUCGGUACUCGUAAAUGGGUUAAGCGUCUCCCCCGUCCUGCUCCCGACGCAUCCCUCUCUUGGCUCACCAACACUUGGAACACGUACUGGUUCGGCUAUUGGAAUGCCAUCGCGGCGACAUAUCUCAUCCGCCACAAUUUCGAGGCUCGCGCGACUAAUGCCGCAGACGGUGGUGUUUUCACUGUUUCUGGUCGUACCUUCCUAGUUCGCUCGCACAUUGUUCAGGCGCACGUUUUCAAGUUCGCUUUUUUGAAUGAAUUCCUUCUCGGAGGUAGAGUCGGGCCCAUAAACGCGGAUGACGACAAUUUCUUGACGCGCUGGGUGAGCUCCCACGGUCAUCAUAUCAAGUUCCAGUGCUCCGAGGAAGCGACCAUCAACAUUGUUCUAGGGAAGGACGGCGGCCGCCGCUUCAUAAGCCAGUGUCUGCGCUGGAGCCGAACAACUAUGCGCCAGAACCCUCAGGUGUUACUCUUAGACCGAACGGUAUGGUGGAGGCAUCCGUUGACCGUUUGGACGACCUACUUCCCGUGGCUCUACAAUGCCGCUCUAAUCUGGGACCCGCUGAUGGUUGGUACAUUCUGGCUCACCAAGCUCUACCAGGAGUCUGAACAUCGCGGCGCACUAACAGCUGGAUUAAUUGGUUUUAUCUGGGCGACGAAGUUUAUAAAGACCGCGCCAUGGUUCUGGAAGUACCCCCAAGAUUUCUUGCUUUACUUCUUCCCGGUCCCUGUGUGGUUCCUCUUCGUCUACGGUCACUCCAUCUUGAAGAUCUUCACGGCUUUCACCUUCUGGGACCUAGCGUGGACGGGUAGGGAACUUCCGACUGUGACCGAGCCUGCGAAGAAGAAUGUGAUGAAUGGGCAAGCGGUACCGGUGUGA